AUGGGCUCCGCGGUCAAUUCCCCCAUCUACAUAGACUAUGGUGAAUUCUUCAUGAAUAGCAGCAACAUCCUUGCUGUCCCCUAUGGAGAUGUCACCGCUGCCUUCAAGGCACCCGUCGCCGUCCAUUCCACAGCCAUAGAUGGCUUCGACUGGACGCAGCCGUACCCGGGCUCCCACAGAGACGGCCACACGGCAUACCUCGAGGUCGCCCAGGAAAUGCCCUUGUCUGCGUCUAUCGUGCAAAAUGCAACCACUGUCCUGUCGUCCUUGACGUUUGGUAUUCCCGACAGCAUGAGCUCUGGAGGCCAGCCAGUGGCCAUGGACCCUUCGUGGUACAUCUGUCGCCACGUCUUCAUCUCCACCAAACCGGAGGCGAAGCAGGCUGUCGACGGUGGCAGCAGCAAGUGCGAUUUCCUCUCCCAGGCAUGCCAGGCCGAUCUCAGGACCAGCUUGACUCAGGACUGGGGAAAAGCCGCCGACGGCACCAUGUGUGCGGCGCUUGGCUUUGACCCCAUACCACCGAGCUGUCAGGGCUCGUUUGGCUUCGCCCGCCAGGACGUCAUGGCUUUUGACGCCGCCUUCCUCGCAGAUCCCGCCCUGGGCCCGGUGCAGACGAGCAAAGAACAGCAACAGUACAGCUGGCGCAUCGGCACCGGAUACCACGACCCAGGUGAUGCUCGUGCCUACGCCAUGGCCGCCAACCGGACGUAUCUCGUCGCUACUGUCUGGGGCUACAGCCAGAGUGCAAAGUCCAGUCAAGUCCCCGGGGUAUCGUUUGCUUGUCUCUCGUCUGGCGCAAGCUACGUCCCGCCCCCUCCGGGUCCUCCAUCGUCUACCGUCGCCUUUGGGGAUGACUUCUCCAGCGGGUCCAUGGCCCAGUGGAAGACUUACGGUGGUUCGUUCGACGCAUCCUCGGGUGCCUUGGUGGGAAGCCAAUCCUCCGGUGGCAAGGCCCUUGUGAACACCAACUUUGGAGACUUCCUCUACGAGGCCGAUGUCACGCUGCCAUCGACCUCUGGCAACGCGGGCCUUGUCUUCCGCGCAUCCAAUCCGAGCAUUGGCGCAGAUGCCUACAACGGCUACUAUGCGGGUCUCUCUACCUCUGGUGUUUUCCUCGGCCGGGCGAGCAAUAGCUGGACGCCGCUCGGUAGUUCGUCUGCCGACCUGGCAGCCAACCAGGUCCACCACGUCAAAGUGCAGGCCAUGAAUAAGGCGCUCGACAUUUUUGUCGAUGACAUGAGCAAGGCCAAGGUCAGCGUCACGGAUGGCACGUAUUCCAGCGGCAUGAACGGCGUGCGAGUCUACGACACCGGUGCCACCUUUGACAACAUUCGCAUCACGCCGCUGGCGUUUAGCGAUGACUUCUCGAGCGGCACCAUGGGCAAGUGGACAACUAUCGACGGCAAUUACCAAGUCUCGUCCAAUGCCGCCGUGCUGUCCGCCUCGCCCGGCGCCAGGGCCCUGGCCACCGCCGUCACCUUCAACGACUUGAUCUACGAGGCCGACGUCUCCAUCGACUCCACUGCCAAUGGCAACGGUGGCUUCAUCUUCCGCGUCUCCAACGCCAAGGCCGGCGGCCCGGAUGACUACAACGGGUACUAUGUUGGUAUCGGCAACGGAUACGUUGUGUUCGGCUUCGCGGACUACGGUUGGAAUGAGCUCAAGAACGUUCAGGCUGCAGAUAUCAAGCCGGGCCAGAAGCAUCACUUGAUGAUUCGGACGAGUGGAGAUUCCAUUUCGGUCUACGAUGGUGGUCACGAAUGGAAAGUAUAG